UCUGCUCAGCCCUCCGUCCGACCUCACUUCUUCUGCCGCCACCAAAACUACAGCAAAAUGACACACUUUCAACCACUUUCUCCUGUUUAAAAUGCGGAUUAACGAGCGAAAAACCAGCCAGUGAACCACGGCCUCUGUCGGGGGAGGAAAUGCAGCUCGAAGGUGGCAAAGCAGCCCCCGAGAGCCCCGCUGGAGGAAGUAGCGCCGCCGCCGCCGCCGCGCAGAAUUCAGUACAUGUGAACGGACAUACUGUCACUCAAAAUGGUCACAACCCAGCAGCUACACCGUCACCACAACCACAGGUUGAAUCUGGAGCCCAGAGUCCUGUACCCGCCACGACCCUCCCGAGGGAGCAGUGGGGUGGAAAGUAUGAGUUCCUGCUCUCCUGCAUCGGGUACUGCGUGGGACUGGGGAACGUGUGGCGGUUCCCAUAUCUUUGUUACCGCAACGGAGGAGGUGUGUUCCUCAUCCCAUACUUCAUCAUGCUCUUUGUUACGGGUGUUCCACUCUUCCUCAUGGAGCUGAGUUUAGGCCAGUAUGGAGCAGCUGGCCCCAUCACUGUGUGGAAAUGCUGCCCUCUGCUCAAAGGUAUUGGCAUUGGGAUGCUCUGUGUGUCCACGUUGGUGUGUCUCUACUAUAACGUCAUCAUAGCGUGGACCUUUUACUACCUGGGCAGCUCGUUCCAGAGCCCCCUGCCCUGGUCAUGUGACGCUGUGGCCAACGUAGCUCUCUGUAGUAACAGGACCACCGGCAACAGCUCCACUGAUAAAACCCUCAGCCCCACGGAGUUCUUCUGGAAUGAGCGCGUGCUGGGCGUCGUACACAGCGAGGGCCUUCAUGACCCGGGUCCUGUCCGGUGGCAGCUGGCGCUGUGCCUGCUAGCUGCCUGGAUCAUCAUCUUCCUGUGUAUGCUCAAGGGCAUCCGCAGUUCCGGCAAGGUGGUUUAUGUUACAGCUACCUUCCCGUACUUUGUGCUCAUUGUUCUGAUCAUCAGAGGCGCGACGCUGGAGGGUUCACUCCAGGGUGUUGCUUUCUACCUCACACCGGACUGGGGUCGCUUAGCUAACGCACAGGUGUGGAAUGACGCAGCCUCGCAGAUCUUCUACUCGUUAGGUAUUGGAGUGGGAGGGCUGCUUUCUAUGGCCUCUUACAACAAGUUUGACAACAAUGUCAUUAGGGACACUCUGAUAAUCACCACAGGCAACUGCAGCACCAGCUUCUUUGCAGGAUUUGCUAUUUUCUCAAUCCUGGGUCACAUGGCUUGGAGGAAGGGAGUACCUGUUUCAAAGGUGGCAGACACAGGUCCUGGGCUGGCCUUUGUUGCUUACCCAGAAGCCCUCGCUCUGCUGCCAGGCUCAGUCUUCUGGUCCAUUCUGUUCUUCCUCAUGCUCUUUAUGCUGGGCAUCGAUACGCUGUUUGGCAACAUGGAGGGCAUCACUACGGCCGUGCUGGACGAGUUUCCACACCUCAGACAGAACACGCUGCACAAGUCCUUGUUCCUGGGCGUUCUGUGUUUUUGCUUCUACCUGAUGGGCCUCCUGUUGGUGACCAAUGGAGGGAUUUACUGGUUCACUCUCAUUGACUCCUUCGCUACUAGCUUCGGCCUCAUCAUCAUCGCCCUCUUCAUGUGCAUUGGCAUCUCCUUCUUCUAUGGAGUCAACCAGUUCUGUCAAGACAUUAUUGAUAUGAUUUGCCACUGCCCUCCCUGGUGCAGCAAAGUGCUGCUUUACUUCAAAGCAUGCUGGGUGUUCUGUACGCCAUUUCUUCUGCUGUUCAUCCUGACCUACAUCUUCAUUGAGAUGUACAACACGUCGCUCCGCUACGGCGACUACGUGUAUCCACGGUGGGGCAAAGCGUUGGGCGUGUGCAUGGGAGCGACCUGCUGCCUACAGAUCCUCAUCUGGGCCAUUGUGGCCAUCAGCAGGGAAACUGGGACGCUGAAAGACCGUUUUCAGAAAGCAAUUCGACCUCUGAAUUCCUGGAGGGUAAAUAACUUGAACAGCACUGGCGGGAGAACAGAGGCACGCAUGGAGCCCGAGAGAGUAGAGGCGCCGUUCACGGUCACACUCACGGACAUGGACUAUACUGCCAUGACAUGGGAGGCGUAACAACACCGAGAUCAGAGAUGAACUCACAACGAUGAGCAAACUAUGUUAUGAAGAGACAGCGGAAUUUAUUAUUUUGUAUUUCGCCCCAGCUUGGCCCUGGUGGCUGCGUCUGAUCUGACUGUGUCCUGCAGGGCAGUGUGGAAUAAUUGCUUUAUUUAUACCACUGUGUAUAUAUGAAUAGCAAUCUUAAGAAGUUUUUAAAAUUUUUUUUUUACAUUGAAUAGAAUGUAAGGUUACAGAGGUAAAGUCUGGAUCAUCUUCAUCUUACAGGGUGUAGCAGGAUUCCACUAGGAUAUCUUGCAUGUUUUAUUUAUUAUCAUAGUACAGUGAAUUUUCAGAGGGACCAGAUUUUAUUUGUUAUGUGGAAGGAGGAAGGACAACAAAAGUGCAGCUUCUUUACUGUUACCCUCCACAUCAUGAUGGACCUGGACAAGUGACCUCAAAUCAUCAGUGUGCCAGAUGAAAUGGUGCUGACGAUGCAGCUGCAGUGCGUCAGGAACACUUAUAUUCCAUUUGACAUUUUUAGAAUUCCCCAUCUUUAGAAUAAAUAAAUAAAGUAAACAUUGACUUGCCAAAUGAACUGUUUUUCAAUGUACUGUUCUGGUGUCCAAGAGAGGAGACACUCAGAUGUCUUAUCUGAUAAUUUCCAUUUAAAAUGAGCGGUUUUCACAGAUUUCUGUGGAAAUUGUAGUAAUUUAUUCACUUAUUUGACUAAAAAACUAUCUCCAGAAUCUACUGAAAGUGCCAUAAUAACAACUAAAUUCUACAGUAGUGUUGUAGACAUGCUUUUAAGUGGGACAUCUUAAAUAGUCCAUUGUCUCUUGAGUAAAAAAGGAAGACAAGUCAGUGGGUAUCUACACACACUUCUUUACUUGACUAGAACUUGGCUUUGACUGUUCUUCAUUGUCGGUUUCCCCUCCCUGCCGUUUAUUAGAGAAACCUCAUUAAGUCUGUUUGCUAAAUGAAUUGCCUUGAGUAAAUGGUUGUUUUCAUGCUAUCAACUUUAUUAUCAUUUCUCACAACUUUUGAGGGCGUAAAUGUUAAUCACUCUGUAGGAAUGCUCAGAGAAGACAGCAAAAUUGAUUGUUAAAAUGUUAGUUACUGGCAAAUUAGCCAUGCUGCUCACUUUUAAAAACCUUGCUGGACAAUCAGAUUCAUUAAUUUUUUUCCAGAUGCUUUGCUAGAUACGCCCAAUGAUAUUGGCACACAAAGGAAUUAAUGAAGGGUUACAAAAAUACCACACCCACAUGAGUCUGCUUGGACAUACCAGUCAAAUGAAUGGGUUGUGCAUCUCUUGAAGGGACUGAAUGAAUGAGGUCAUCUCCGGUGAAUAACAUCACAGCACGCAAGGUUCUUAUUGAAGUUUUGAUCCUGUUUCUAUCAUUAAAGACGAAAACACCUCCGCCAUUCUCCAGGCUAAGCUCUCAAAAGUUCUUUUUUGGAAUGUUUGGAAUGUCAAUGUUUUAAAAAAAAACAAAAACUCCAACACGUUAAGCUGUUUUUGUGUAUUUAUAAUAAGGAUUUUUUCUUUCAAAUGAUCUUUUAAGCAGGAUCACUACUUUUAAACCAAGACCAUUUUAUCAUCAUUUGUUUUUGAAUCUUAUGUAAUGAAACUCCUCCAUCUGUUUCACCUUUGUACACAAUGCUGCCAUUCUUAUGUAUACCUCUGUGCAUAAAGGUUGCGUAUUCUUAUCA